AUGAGAAGCCACACUGGCGAAAAACCAUAUCCGUGCGAACAUUGCUCAAAGACUUUUACUUUCCUUUCACAACUAAAGGCACAUGCAAGAGUCCACACUGGCGAAAGACCAUAUUCUUGCGAACUUUGUUCAAAGACUUUUUCUGACUAUACUUGCUUAAAGCGACAUAAGGUAAUUCAUACCGGCGAGAAACCCCAUGUGUGCGAACAUUGUUCUAAGGCAUUCGCUCACUCUUCAACUUUAACUUCACACAUGAGAGUCCACACUGGCGCGAAACCAUAUUCGUGCGAACAUUGUUCAAAGACAUUUUCUAGUAAUACCCAGCUUAAGAUACAUAAAAGAGACCACACUGGCGAGAAACCGACGUGCGAAAAGUGUUCGAAGACGCUUUCGGACUUUAGACACUUGCGGCGACACAUGUUAGUUCACACUGGCGAGAAGGCCCAUGCUUGCGUACACUGUCCUAAGACAUUUGCCCACUCUACAAGUUUAGUGAUGCACAUGAGAACCCACACUAACGAAAAACCGUUUUCGUGCGAACACUGCUCAAAAGCAUUCACCCAGUCUGUGAAUUUGCAGCAACAUUUGCGAACCCAUACCGGGGAAAAACCGUACUCUUGUGAAUGUUGCUCAAAGGCAUUUUCUUGGCCUACGCAGUUGAAGAGACACAUGCUAACCCAUACCGGUGAAAAGCCUUAUGCGUGCGACCAUUGUUCAAAAACAUUUUCUGGCAGUUCUGGCUUGAAGAAACACUUUAGGAUUCAUACCGUAGACCAAUAAUAAGAGUAGACCGAGCUAUGCAGUGUCGUAUUUACGUAUUACUGGGCUAUAGCCCAGGGCGGCAUGAUUUGGGGGCGGGGCGGCACUUUUCCCCAUAUAUUUACUUAAACUUUACCAUAAAUAAAAUAAUAGUUUAAAAAACUAAAAACACACUUUC